AUGUCUCCUCUUGGGCGCGCCCGCGACAAGCAGUGUGCUUCCAAGGGCAGGUCCACGCGCGGUGCUAAGGGGGGCAACAAUGGGGGCGACGGAGAGGUGGCGGAGGUCAGUACUAUUGCGCGCUGCCUCCGUAGCGGAAGGAGACAAUUGACCAACGGAAACACAGCCCUUAAAGAAGGCAUCGAAUCGGACAGUGGCGAUCUCCUAGCCCAGCAGUACCAGACGAGGUUGGAGACGGAGACGGAACUUCCUGAGCCGCACGAUCUUGUCUAUCGCUUACGGAUUGCCAAGCAACCAGAGAAGAUGGAUCAAAUGACGCUGUUCAAGGCGGAUGGCGUUGGUUGUGUCGUGGAGGCGCCCGAUAUCAUCACCAUCGCUGACGGGCAGUGUGUCACCGACGCGAUCGUGGACUUCCACAACGUGCUGCUGAGCAUUCGUCAACCCACUACGCCCAACGACACUUCAUGGGCCGCGGUCGACAGUAAGGCUUUCACCUACGUGAACACGUUCGGCAAGCCAUACUCUAUCGGCAACGCGUCCAGAGUUUUUGAUGUAGACUUCUUGGCCAUCCCCGUCUUCAAGAGCCUCGGUUCCAAAGGCGGAUCUGCUGCGAGUGUAGCACUGGACGGUGCAGGCAGUGGCACAGUCGAGCUACGGGUGUUUCAUCCCAGUCCCUGCGCGCUACCCGUGCCUGCCGCUCCGAGGUGGUCGAUAAACGACACAGCAGGAAGUAUGCUCGCCACGCACCAGGCAGAGCCGGCGGUGGUUCAUGCAGAUGGAGCAAGGCCCGUGGUGCUGGCUAUGCCGGCGAAGAGGAAACGAGACGACCCGCAGGCGUCACGGGCCGAUGCUGAGGGCGGCGCUCCUGCUUGCAAGAGCAAGGGUAAGGGACAGGGUCAUAGUUUACAGUACAAGGGUGUGCGUAAGGAGAAGCGCGGUAGGUGGAGCGCCAAGAUUCUGUUCCGGGAGAAGAAUAAGAAGAAGCGGACGCAGAUGAGGCUGGGUGCGUACAAUAAGGAGCUGGAGGCUGCAACGGCGUAUGCAGCAGCGGUGCACGUGGUCAAAGAUGGUAAGUGCGUGUUAGGCACAGUGGAGCUGACGGAUGAGGAGAAGGGUAUGCUGGAGGGGUGCACGCUGUCAGCUGUCAAGCGGCUGGUUAGAGGCCGUCAGUGGUUCCGAUGGACGGAGUGGGAGACGACACUAGUGGAAUGCCCGGAGGAGGAGACAGCGGGGGACGGUGAGGAGCACUCCGACUCGCAAGAUGAUGACGCGGGGGAUGCAGCCGGAUGUGCCGUGGAGGAAGGGGAUGAGGAGAUUGAGUUGGAGGGGGAAGGGUUGGGCGACGCAGAGGGAACGGCCGGGCAGGGCACACCUCAUGAACUCAAUGAGGACGCUGCUGCAGCGAUGGGAGGUGUGGCUAGUGCGGCCCAGGGUGCAUCGCAAGUCUCGCCGAAUGCGGGGGUCGCGUCUAGCGUCGGUGCGGGCAAUGAGGAGGUGGGUAGCGAUGGCGAAGGGGAGGCUGCGCCUGUCAUAUCCAAGGCUGUUGCUUCCGUUAUGGCCAAAGAGACUAGCGCGGCAAAAGGAAAGGCUGCGACGGCUCCGCCUAAACCGGUGCCUGACAACCCUUUUGCGGCGAUGUCGUGCGGAUCUGCGCAGCCGGCAAGUGGAUCUCGUCGGGAGGAGGCGGUUGCCGAUGACGUCUUCGUGAUUAGCCGUGCCGAGCUCGAGGCGCUGAAGACAGUGAGAGACGACGGUGAGCGUCGGAUUGCACGCCUGGAGGCACUGCUGCUGGUCGCCAACGAUCCAAAAACGCAGAACAAGAGGCCGCGGGGCCCAAGGGGGGAACGGGCGCACGGAGAUGCGCGGCCGAGCAAGCGCAGGCGGCGCGAAUCGGGCUCAGAGGACGCGACAUCGGAGGAGGGCAAGAAAGAUGAUGCGGAAGUGGAGCCAGUGAGGGCACGCCGUGUGGUCCGGCGGCGCCACAUGACAGUGUCGAGCUCACCCAUACUGCAGGAGGCAUUUGAUUUCAUGCCGUCCGGAAAAGCGUGGAAGCGCAAGGCCCGCCUGUCAAACUCUGCUGGUGGCAACGCGGAGGUGGUGAACGGGCUCCACCAGGUUGCCGAGAGGGCAGUGGCACAGGCGAUCCAAGACUUCAAGCCCAAGUACGAUGCUGAUGCCGAGGCGUGGGUCUGGGGGGAGCACGGGCUGAUGCUGUCCUCGUGUGGGCUAGAGCACUUGAUUCCAGGCCGGUAUGCGCAGAGGGCGCCAGUUGUGGAGGAAGGUGGUUCGGUUUCUCGCGGUAGUGACUGA